AUGUCGUCAGGAUCUAAUGGGGCACGGCGCGUAGCCUCGCUACUGCGGCCAUCAAUAAUCGACUCCGGCGUGUGCAGAAGCUGCCAAGAGACCCUUGGCCGCCGUAGUUAUUCCUCCGUACCAGCGAUCGAAUCGACCUCCGCAUCAACAGCAGCCGAUCCAGCCGUGAAGCCAGCCUACAUCAUCAACGCGGGUGUAGUCCUCUCCCGCCCUCCCCAAAUCACCCGUGAACUCGAACCGUUCGAGAAAGCGUUCUUUUUCUACCAGAAGCGUCUGAAUGAGCGUCUGGCUCUCCCCUUUACGAAAAAUUUCUACUUCAAGCGUGGAACACCGGCCGAUGAAGACUGGAAGAAGAAGAUCCAGGAGCGCCGGACUGCCGCGCGUGAUAUCGGAACAUACAACGCGUACGAUAGCGAUGCAUGGAACGACGAGCUCCUGCUAGGAGCAAAGGAGUCUGAGCCUGAACACCAGAUUGAGGCUCUUGUCCAGGACGCAGAAUCCACUGCCAAUGCGACUUCCCAAGAUACUAGCAAGAAGGAGGAAAUUCCUCGGCCGUACCCUCGGAUCACGGAGGCAGACAAGAAGAACGACCAAAAGAGUCUCGAUCGUUUGCUUUCCCGCACGCUCUAUCUCCUUGUUCAGUCUAAGGAGGGACACUGGAAAUUCCCCAGUUCGCCGGUGGAGUCGGGCGAGACCCUUCGCUCGGCUGCUGAACGCACUCUUGCCCAGUCCGCUGGUGUCAACAUGAACACCUGGAUGGUUGGCUUCCACCCAAUCGGAUGGCACUCCUUCAACCCGCGCCGCUCGAAGAAGGCGGACAACGCAACCGAGAUCGAGGCUCCCGGUAGCAAGAUCUUCUUCCUGAAGUCUCGUAUGAUGGCUGGCCAGGCUGAUCUGUCCGUCAACACCCAGGGCCUCAAGGACUUCAAGUGGCUAGCCAAGGAGGAGCUCGCACAAUACCUGAACACGCAAUACUACAGCAACAUCAAGAACAUGCUAGCCGACCGGUAA